GAGAGAACUACAGAGCAGGCAGGACCGCAAUGGGACGAGGGUGAUUUUAUCAAAUCUAUCAAAAAUCGCUGACAAGAUGUCCGACGCGAGUAGAAACCCCCAAUCGAUACGCAUCUGGACUUAUUGAAGUGGAUCCGAUACACACAGAACCUGCAGAACUCCCAAAAGUCAAUACUUUUUCCAAGGGGAGGAAGUUUGUUGUGUCGAAGGAAAUAUAAUAGCCCGGUAAGGCAGGAGGAGACUGCGGAAAGCGGCCAGAACAGGGGACAGUCAGAAUACAAACCCACCCACCCAGUCAGCCAUGGAGGAGUUUGGGUCAGCGUUGGAGAAGAAUGUGGCCGAUUUAACAGUUAUGGACGUGUAUGACAUAGCCGCGGUGGUGGGUCAGGAGUUUGAGCGGAUCAUUGAUCAGUAUGGAUGUGAGGCUCUGUCCAGGCUCAUGCCAAAAGUGGUGCGGGUGCUGGAGAUCCUGGAGGUGAUGGUCAGUAGGAACAGCGUCAGCCCGGAGACCGAGGAGUUGAGGCUGGAGCUGGACAAACUACGGCUGGAGCGGAUGGACCGGAUGGAGAAAGAGAAGAAACACAAGAAGGUCAUAAUUAGCUUACAUGAUAAGAUAAAUAAUAGGCCUAGUUGUAACCAAACAUAAUUGAUAACAGUAGGCCAAAUGAUAGGCAUCCUAAUAGGCUAUUAUUGGCCUAAUAGCCUAAUAAUGUAUGGUGAAGAUAUGGCAAUAAUGGUAACAAAAAUAGAAAAGUUUAAGAGAAUAAGAAGACAACUAAUUUGCCAUGCCAUCAUGAAAAGAAUGCAAUGAGAUUAUUAUAACAAUUACUUUGAAAAGUGUACUAGGCAUUUUGAAAAUAUAACUGAUAUCCCCAAAUAAAAUAGGACUCUGACAAGAAUGACACUUGAUUGACUGAGGAUAGGCUACAUUGUUAUAAUUAGGCCUACCUCCUUGUACCGCUGCUAUGCCCGUGCAAUGUAGCAGAAAUCACUUAAAGAUGCUUUGGAGAUAGAAAAAUGCUCUUAUUGAAUAUAUGGUGUCACAACACAACUGUUCACUUGACUAGUGUAUUACAGUGCACAAAAAAGCAUAGUAGGGCUAUAACGUCUUUACAUGAAGGCAUGUGCCUCAGCGACAGUCAGAGUUGGUGCACUAAAAAGAAAAAUGUCGUUGCUGGUCUGGUGACAGUGACAUGGGGGGAGUUAAACUGGCCUGUCAUUGGUUGACUGAGAUGUGUCUCCUGACUCAAAUAAAGUGUGUCAACGACAUAAAUGACACUUAGGCCCAGAGAGCCAUCUAUAUUAUGGCCCCUGGAAAUGCUUAGGAUGAUAUGUUUAAACUUAAAGUUCAAAUAAAUGCUUUGGAAAUGUUCAGUAGAAAGUUUAAGUAAGCCAGAGAAAGUACACACAAAAAAUAAAUUGGGUUCCUCAAGCAUUCUUUGGGAAGGGUGAUAGUUCUAUGUGGAACCAUACUGACCCAAAGAAAAGUCCAGUGUAGCUCAGUUGGUAGAGCAUGGCGCUUGCAACGCCAGGGUUGUGGGUUCGAUUCCCACGGGGGACCAGUACGAAAAUGUAUGCACUCACUAACUGUAAGUCGCUCUGGAUAAGAGCGUCUGCUAAAUGAUUUAAAUGUAAGAACCCUUUGAGCCCUUCAACGGUUAUUUGCAGUUCAAAAAAGGGGUCUUUCCUCAUUUAUUGAUAAUUAAAUUGUAGUGGCGGUGGCUCAUUAUAAUUUUUUGGGGCGUGGUUUGUUCACAGCUCUUGAUGUGCAUCCAAGAGUGAGAGUGUCAUUCCAGUUUAUCUAAUCUGUUGUGUUAACGCUAUUGUAGCACAUGGGGAUGUGUGAAACUAACUAAGAGCUUCAGCACUCGGCGCUCCCCUUCUGUGAGUUUGCGUGGCCUACGACUUUGUGGCUGAGCCGUUGUUGCGCCUAGACGUUUCCACUUCACAAUAACAGCACUUACAGUUGACCGGGGCAGCUCUAGCAGGGCAGAAAUUUGAUGAACUGACUUGUUGGAGGAAAGGUGAGAUCCUAUGACAGUGCCAAGUUGAAAGUCACUGAGCUCUUCAGUAAGGCCAUUCUACUGCCAAUGUUUGUCUAUGGAGAUUGCAUUGCUGUGUGUUCGAUUUUAUACACCUGUCAGCAACGUGUGUGUUUGAAAUAGCCGAAUCCACUAAUUUGAAGGGGUGUCCACAUACUUUUGUAUAUAUAGUGUAUAUAUUACCAUGGCCAGUGACAGUGUCUCGUGAAAGACUCGUAUGGCCUUGUAUCAAUUAAGAACGGUUGACAAAUAAGUAAGUAGUUCUCAAUUCUUUCCUCAGGGACCCCCAGCCGUUCCAGAGCUAGCACACCUGAUUCAGCUUGUUAAUUAACACAAUAAUAAAAUCUAUGGAAUUUUUCAAUAUAAUAUGGCUAUUAAACUAGAAUAAAAAACCCUGGAUGGUUCUACAAAGAACCUUUGAGAUUUAGAAAGAUUCUUUAUAGAACCAUUCUCAAUAAAGGUUCUAUAAAGAACCAUUUAUAAGGGUUUUAUAUAGCCCCAAAAAUGGUUGUAAACAUAGCAGAACCCUUUUUUUGGUGCUAUAUAGAACCUUAGGAAAGGGUUCUUUAUAGCACCAUACAGGUUCCAUUUAGAACCUUAUGAGCAAAGGCUCCAUAUACAGUUGAAGUCGGAAGUUUACAUACACCUUAGCCAAAUACAUUUAAACUCAGUUUUUUACAAUUCCUGACAUUUAAUCCUAGUAAAAAUUCCCUGUCUUAGGUCAGUUAGGAUCACCACUUUAUUUUAAGAAUGUGAAAUGUCAGAAUAAUAGUAGAGUGAAUGAUUUAUUUCAGCUUUUAUUUCUUUCAUCACAUUCCCAGUGGGUCAGAAGUUUACAUACACUCAAUUUGUAUUUGGUAGCAUUGCCUUUAAAUUGUUUAACUUGGGUCAAACGUUUCAGGUAGCCUUCCACAAGCUUCCCACAAUAAAUUGGGUGAAUUUUGGCCCAUUCCUCCUGACAGAGAUGGUGUAACUGAGUCAGGUUUGUAGGCCUCCUUGCUCGCACACACUUUUUCAGUUCUGCCCACACAUUUUCUAUAGGAUUUGGAAGACUCAUUUGCGACCAAGCUUUAACUUCCUGACUGAUGUCUUGAGAUAUUGCUUCAAUAUAUCCACAUAAUUUUCCUUCCUCAUGAUGCCAUCUAUUUUGUGAAGCGCACCAGUCCCUCCUGCAGCAAAGCACCCCCACAGCAUGAUGCUGCCACCCCCGUGCUUCACGGUUGGGAUGGUGUUCUUCGGCUUGCAAACAACCCCCUUUUUCCUCCAAACAUAACAAUGGUCAUUAUGGCCAAACAGUUCUAUUUUUGUUUCAUCAGACCAGAGUACAUUUCUCCAAAAAGUACGAUCUUUGUCCCCAUGUGCAGUUGGAAACCGUAGUCUGGCUUCUUUAUGGCGGUUUUGGAGCAGUGGCUUCUUCCUUGCUGAGCGGCCUUUCAGUAUAUGUCGAUAUAGGACUCGUUUUACUGUGGAUAUAGAUACUUUUGUACCUGUUUCCUCCAGCAUCUUCACAAGGUCCUUUGCUGUUGUUCUGGGAUUGAUUUGCACUUUUCGCACCAAAGUACGUUCAUCUCUAGGAGACAGAACGCGUCUCCUUCCUGAGCGGUAUGACGGCUGCGUGGUCCCAUGGUGUUUAUACUUGCGUACUAUUGUUUGUACAGAUGAACGUGGUACCUUCAGGCGUUUGGAAAUUGCUCCCAAGGAUGAACCAGACUUGUGGAGGUCUACAAUUUUUUUUCUGAGGUCUUGGCUGAUUUCUUUUGAUUUUCCCAUGAUGUCAAGCAAAGAGGCACUGAGUUUGAAGGUAGGCCUUGAAAUACAUCCACAGGUACACCUCCAAUUGACUCAAAUUAUGUCAAUUAUCAGAAGCUUCUAAAGCCAUGACAUCAUUUUCUGGAAUUUUCCAAGCUGUUUAAAGGCAUAGUCAACUUAGUUUAUGUAAACUUCUGACCCACUGGAAUUGUGAUACAGUGAAUUAUAAGUUAAAUAAUCUGUCUGUAAACAAUUGUUGUAAAAAUGACUUGUGUCAUGGACAAAGUAGAUGUCCUAACCGACUUGCCAAAAGUAUAGUUUGUUAACAAGAAAUUUGUGGAGUGGUUGAAAAACAAGUUUUAAUGACUCCAACCUAAGUGUAUGUAAACUUCCGACUUCAACUGUAGCACCAAAAAGGGUUCUGCUAUGGUUAUAAGCCAAAUAACCCUUAUUUUCAACUAUAUAGAACCAUUUGUUUUUAGUGUGUAGGCUAUGCAAACAACAGUAAAGCCAGACUAUAGUCUAUAAGACCAACUAUCUUUCAACGUCACGAGGAUGAAGACAUUCAUUGACAGACAGGAGAAAGCAAUCGUAAAAGUUCAGGUUGAAAACAAAACUGAUGCCUUUCAUAUAGUCUACCAAUGCACAUGUUGUAGAAAAAAAGGUGCUAUCUAAAAGGGUUAUUCGGCUGUCCCCAUAGGAUAACCCUUUCAAGAAGCCUUUUUGGUUAUGUGGAAAGGGUUCUACCUGGAACCACAAAGGGUUAUACCUGGAACCAAAAAGGGUUCUCUUAUGGGGACAGCCGAAGAAGCCUUUUGGAACCCUUUUUUCUAAGAGUGUACUUACUCAAACAAACCAUGGCUCAGUCGUAUGUCUGUGGCCAAGUCCUAAUAUUAGCCCAUAUGGCUUCUUUUCCUUGUGUGCUUUAAAACCAUUGUCCAGAGAGGGCUGAAUUGGUUAAAGCAAGCUGGUGGAAACCCCACAUUUUAAGGAUGUGUUUGAUGGCGGGGCUGUGAGCAGACAUGUAUGGAGAGGAGAGGAGUGUGUGUUUGGAGUGUGUGCGUGCAGACAGGAUGUAUGGAGUGUUUAACUCUGUGUGUGUGUGUGUGUGUUUGGGUGUGUAGGAGUUGGAGCUGGUAGAGGAUGUAUGGAGAGGGGAGGCCCAGGACCUUUUGUCUCAAAUCGCUCAGCUUCAGGAAGAGAACAAGACACUCCUCACUAACAUGUCCAUCAAAGACCCCAUGAGUGAAGAGGACCUACAGAGGCACGAAGGUACUAAACCCCGAAUCCUAAACCCUUUACUCUACACCAUACACUCUAAACCCAUACACACACACACAAUGACAAUAUGACUUAAUUGCCUCUUUGAAAGAAUGUUACACAUACAUAUACACUGUAUACACUCUGACUCUCUCGCGCUCUCUCUCUCUCUCUGUCGCUCGCUCUCUCUCAACACACACACACACACACACACAAAGGAGGCCUUCUUUGUGUUUGAGGCUGAGCCAGGCUCAUCACUGCAUGAGUGGCUCUGUCGUGAUGUCACAGAGGGGCUACAGUCCCCCUGACACACACACACACAUGAGGAUGAGCACAGAGACAGACCACCCUCAGUGUUUCAUACACCUGCUAGACUAGGGAUGGACAUUUGACAUUUUUUGACUGUUCAGGACUCGCAUGUUUUUUAAUUGAGUACUCCAAUAGAAAAAAAUAAAAUGUUUAGAACAAAAGGCCCGCACUGGAAAACAAAUAUGUGCGCAUUUAUCUAUAUGCUAUCAGUGCGAAACAAUGCCUAAUUUAUCAUAGCCAUUACCGAUAACCAAUCCUAAUUGCUAAAUUCAGAAACUAUUCACACCCCUUGACUUUUUCAACAUUUUGUUGUGUUACAGCCUGAAUUUGAAAUUGAUUAAAUUGGGAUUUUGUGUCACUGGCCUACAUACAAUACCCCAUAAUGUCAAACUGGAAUUACGUUUUUUACAAAUUAAUUAAAAAUGAAAAGCUGAAAUGUCUUGAGUCAAUAAGUAUUCAAUGCCUUUGUUAUGGCAAGCAUAAAUAAGUUCAGGAGUAAAAAUGUGCCUAACAAGUCACAAUAAGUUGCAUGGGCUCACUCUGUGUGCAAUAAUAGUGUUUAACAUGAUUUUUGAAUAACUACCUCAUCUCUGUACCCCGCACAUACAAUUAUCUGUAAGGUCCCUCUGUCGAGCAGUGAAUUUCAAACACAGAUUCAACCACAAAGACCAGGGAGGUUUUCCAAUGCCUCGCAAAGAAGGGCCUAUUGGUAGAUGGGAAGAAAAAAAAUGCAGACAUUGAAUAUCCCUUUGAGCAUGGUGUAUUAAUUACACUUUGGAUGCUGUAUCAAUACACUCAGUCACUACAAAGAUACAGGCAUCCUUCCUAACUCAGUUGCCGGAGAGGAAGGAAACCGCUCAGGGGUUUCACCAUGAGGCCAACAGUUACAGAGUUUAAUGGCUGUGAUAGGAGAAAACUGAAGAUGGAUCAACAACAUUGUAGUUACUCCACAAUAUAUACCUAAUUGACAGAGUGAAAAGAAGGAAGCAUGUACAGAAUAAACAUAUUCCAAAACAUGCAGCCUGUUUGCAACAAGGCACUAAAGUAAUACUGCAAUAAAUGUGGCACAGCAAUUAACCUUUUGUCCUGCAUACAAAGUGUUAUGUUUGUGGCAAACACAACACAUUACUGAGUACCACUCUCCAUAUUUUCAAGCAUAGUGGUGACUGCAUCAUGUUAUGGGUAUGCUUGUAAUCGUUUUUCAGGAUAAAAAAGAAACGGAAUGGAGGCAAAAAUGCACAGGCAAAUUCCUAGAGGAAAACCUGGUUCAGUCUGCUUUCAACCAGGGAGAUGAAUUCACCUUUCAACAGGACAAUAACCUUAAACACAAGGCUAAAUCUACACUCGAGUUUCUUAACAAGAAGACAGUGAAUGUUCCUGAGUGGCCGGAUUACAGUUUUGACUUAAAUCUGCUUGAAAAUCUAUGGCAAGACCUGAAAAUAGUUGUCUAACAAUGAUCAACAACCAAUUUGACAGAGCUUGAAGAAAUUUGAGAAGAAUAAUGGGGCAAAUGUUGCACAAUCCAGGUGUGCAAAGCUCUUAGAGACUUACCCAGAACAACUUACAUCUGUAAUCGCUGCCAAAGGUGCUUCUACAAAGUAUUGACUCAGGUGUGAAUACUUAUCUAAAUCAGAUAUUUUGGUAUUUAAUUUUCAAUACAUUUGCAAAGAUUUCUAAAAACAUGUUUUCACUUUGUCAUUAUGGCGCAUUGCGUGUAGAUGGGUGAGAGAAAAAAUAUAAUUAAUACAUUUUGAAUUCAGGCUGUAACACAACAGAAUGUGGAAUAAGUCAAGGGGUAUGAAUACUUUCACUCAGUCAAUAAAAAAAGAAGUGCCAUUUUAAGAUUAAUUUUUGAAACCGCCAUAUCAACUGGUUAUAUUAGCCUUUAUCGUGGAACACAAUCUUCAAAAAGGUAGUAACCUCAGCAGUGGCACUUGCUUGUAGAAGCCUAUGGCUGUGCAAUGGCUUAGCCUUGUUUUGUUAAUUUACCAGACAAGACACUUAUUUCUCAAGCCCUUAUCACAGUCAAGACACACUUAUUUUAUACUAAAAAAACAUGAUGUAAUAUAACAGAAUCAAAUAUAACAAAAUCUAAAAGUGCAUGAUGAAUGAUGUUUUAUGUACAUUACUCGUGAGUGAUGUUUCUUUAGCCCAUGUUGCGCAUCUGGCAACAGUUUUGAGGACAUUUGAAAGGGGCUCAUUUGCGUGUGAAAGACAAGGUCAAACCAAUAUAUUUUUUUCGAUAGAUGUAAUUUAGUUUUCUGCUUCUCUGGAAUUUUCUAAAUGGAUAAGACAUGAACACUGAUGCUGAUGAUGCCAUGACAUCUGUUUGGUGAGUAGGCCUAUAGGCUUAAUGAUUUUGAUGAAAAUACCGCAUUUUUCUUUAUCAUAUUUUCAGUGUGGAACCUGCCUAUGUUUAGGGGGGUUAUAGCCUAGGGCCUAGGCUAACCAAUUCUAAAUGGCACUAGCAGUUCGCAAGGUAGCCUAAGCGGAAAAUAGACGGGAUUAUUCCAAAAAUUAUUCUACUUAAAUUAAAAACUCAAUUUUUUAUUUGUGGUAAAACUGUUUUCAUUUGGCAAGGAAUGUAGCUUGUGUAUCCAAUCAGUUACAGUGCCUUCAGAAUGUAUUCACACCCCUUGGCUUUUUCCAUAUUUUGUUGUGUUACAAAGUUCGAUUAAAAUUGAUUUAAUUGUUAUUUUUUGGUCAACGAUCUACACAAAAUACUCUGUAUUGUCAAAGUAUUUUUUUUAUAUUAUUUUUUGACAAAUAAAACACAAGUACUUUAUCUUGAUUAGAUAAGUAUUCAACCCCCUGAGUCAAUCAAUACAUGUUAGAAUAACCUUUGGCAGUGAUUACAGCUGUGAGUCAUUAUGGGUAAGUCUCUAAGAGCUUUCCACACCUGGAUUGUGCAACAUUUGCCCUUUAUUCUUUUCUAAAUUCUUCAAGCUCUGUCAAAUUGGAUGUUGAUCAUUGCCAGACAACCAUUUUCAGGUCUUGCCAUAGAUUUUCAAGCAGAUUUAAGUCAAGACUGUAACCUGGCCACUCAGGAACAUUCACUGUCUUCUUGGUAAGCAACUCCAUUGUAGAUUUGGCCUUGUGUUUUAGGUUAUUGUCCUGCUGAAAGGUGAAUUAAUCUCCCAGUGUCUGGUGGAAAGCAGACUGAACCAGGCUUUCCUGUAGGAUUUUGCCUUUGCUUAGCUCCAUUCCGUUAAUUUUUUUAUCCUGAAAAACUCCCCAGUCCUUAACAUGAUGCAGCCACCACUAUGCUUGAAAAUAUGGAGAGUGGUACUCAGUAAUAUGUCUGGGGCAAAUCCAAUACAACACAACACUUUGUAUUCAGGACAAAAAGUGAAUUGCUUUGCCACAUUUUUUGAAGUAUUAUUUUAGUGCCUUGUUGCAAACAGGAUGCAUGUUUUGGAUUAUUUUAUUCUGUACAGGCUUCCUUCUUUUCACUCUGUCAAUUAGGUUAAUAUUGUGGAGUAACUACAAUGUUGUUGUCCAUCUUCAGUUUUCUCCUAUCACAGCCAUUAAACUCUGUAACUGUUUUAAAGUCACCAGUGGCCAAAUGGUGAAAUCCCUGAGUGGUUUCCUUCCUCUCUGGCAACUGAAUUAGGAAGGACACCUGUAUCUUUGUAGUGACUGGGUGUAUUGAUACACCAUCCAAAGUGUAAUUAAUAACUUCACCAUGCUCAAAGGGAUAUUCAAUGUCUGCUUUUUUUUUCUUCCCAUCUACCAAUAGGCCCUUCUUUGCAAGGCAUUGGAAAAUCUCCCUGGUCUUUGUGGUUGAAUCUGUAUUUGAAAUUCACUGCUCGACUGAGGGACCUUACAGAUAAUUGUAUGUGUGGGGUACAGAGAUGAGGUAGUCAUUAAAAAAAAGAAUGUUAAACACUAUAAAUGGACACAGAGUGAGUCCAUGCAAUUUAUUAUGUGACUUGUUAGGCUUGCCAUAACAAAGGGGUUGAAUACUUAUUGACUCAAGACAUUUCAGCUUCUCAUUUUUAAUUAAAAAAUUGAUUUUUUAUAGAAAAACAUAAUUCCACUGACAUUAUUGGGUAUUGUGUGUAGGCCAGUGACCAAAAAUAUUGAUUGAAUCCAUUUUAAAUUCAGGCUGUAACACACCUCUUGACCUUUUCCACAUUUUGUGACUGAGGUUUUAAAGUCUGGCUUCCUCCAUUGCUGAUAUUCAGGGCUGUGUGUCAGCCACGGGUACGCCGUUUCUGUGUCAGAGAUAUCAAGUAUGUGUGUGUGCUUGUGAGCCUAUUUGCUAUUUUAAACCUAGCUAGUCGGGCUCACAGACAGAAACUCUGUUGCUGUGCUCAUAAUCACUUGAUUUAUUCUCUAAUGCAGUACAAAAGGUGUACAAAUAAUGAACACACUCACACAGAGUAUUCAUGUUGUUCUAACUUGGCUCCUUUCUCCUGUGUCUUGGCUGCCAGGUAUUUAUAUUGUUCAUCCGUACUUAGUUAACACUCUCUGCUCUGCCAUGUUUUCUCUGUUGCGUUGCCAGGUAUGUCGGAGCGGGAGCGUCAGGUGAUGAAGAAGCUGAAGGAGGUGGUGGACAAGCAGAGAGACGAGAUCCGAGCCAAAGACCGUGAGCUCACGCUCAAGAACGAGGACGUUGAGGCAGUAAGGACAGCAGGAUGGGUGCUUGCUUGGGGUAGAACUUGUCCCUUUGCACAGACCUAAGAUCAACUAACCCUUCCCUAAUCCCAACCUUAACCAUUAGGAGGUAGAACACAAAGCUGACCUUAGAUCAGUUUCAAGGGGAGACUGGGUUAGGGGUCAGGGGUCAGGGACUGCUUGUAGGCUAUGGGGGAAUCUGUUUUAUUUAUUCAAGUGUAUUGAUUUGAUGGAUCAAUGACCUGAAUCUCUCUCUUUCUCUGUUUCCCUCUCUGUUUCAUCCCCCUGUACUUCUUCCCUCUCUCUCUUCUCUCUUUCCGACUCACUCUACCACCGUCUCUUCUUGUUUCUACCCCCCUCUUUACCUCCACCCCAUCCAUCCAUUUCCCUCCCUGAAUUUCCCUUCCCCUCCACCCCUCCAUCUCUCUCUAGCUCCAGCAGCAGCAGUCUCGUCUGAUGAAGAUAAACCAUGACCUGCGCCAUAAGAUCUCUGUGGUGGAAGCUCAGGGGAAAGCCCUCAUCGAGCAGAAGGUUCGAAGCCUUAGGAUGUGUAAUACAUAUUUUAUUACCCACAGUAUUUGCAAAACAAAGUAGUUCAGAAGUACUUCAACAAUGUAUACUGAACAAAAAUAUAAACGCAACAUGCAACAUUUUCAAAGAUUUUAUUGAGUUACAGUUCAUAUAAGGAAAUCAGUCAACUGAAAUAAAUUCAUUACAUGCUGGCCCAUUGGGGAGCCAGGCCCAGCCAAUCAGAAUGAGUUUUUCCCCACAAAAGAGCUUUAUUACAGACAGAAAUACUCCUCAGUUUCAUCAGCUGUCCGGGUGGCUGGUCUCAGAUGAUCCCGCAGGUGAAGAAGCCAGAAGUGGAGGGACUGGCGUGGUUACACGUGGUCUGCGGUUGUGAGACCGGUUGGACGUACUGCCAAAUUCUCUAAAAUGACGUUGCAGGUGGCUUAUGGUAGAGAAAUUAACAUUCAGUUCUCUUGCAACAGCUCUGGUGGACAUUCCUGCAGUCAGCAUGCGAAUUGCACACUCUGCACAUUUUAAAGUGGCCUUUUAUUGUCCACAGCACAAGGUGCACCUGUGUAAUGAUCAUGCUGUUUAAUCAGCUUCUUGAUAUGCCACACCUGUCAGGUGGAUUGAUUAUCUUGGCAAAGGAGAAAUGCUCACUAACAGGGAUGUAAACAUAUUUGUGCACAACAUUUGAGAGAAAUAAGCUUUUUGUGCGUAUGGAAAAUAUCUGGGAUCUUUUAUUUCAGCUCAUGCAAUAUGGGACCAACACUUUACAUGUUGCGUUAUAUUUUUGUUCAGUAUAUUAUUAUAUUUGUAUCUUAAGGUGGAACUGGAGGCGGGAGCUCAGGCACGUGUACAGGAAAUGGGAGCACUCCGGCAGGAAGUGACACGUUUAAGGGAGCGCCUGCAAGGAGACACGCCUCAGGGUCUAGAGGAGCCUCCUCCCCAGCCCCCCUCCCCCGCACAGGUAAUAACAACACCUCCCAAGGCCCCCCUUCCCCGCACAGGUAAUAACAACACCUCCCAAGGCCCCCCUUCCCCGCACAGGUAAUAACAACACCUCCCAAGGCCCCCCUUCCCCGCACAGGUAAUAACAACACCUCCCAAGCUCCCCUCCCCUGCACAGGUAAUAACAACACCUUCUCAGGUCGGCAGAACCAGCCAGGCACACCUGCACAGGUAACUACACAGUUCUUACAGUUAGACUUGCCCCCAGCAGCCCUAUGUGCUCCAUUAUAACCCUGGCGGCCGCUGGCAGAGUCACACACACAGUGUGCUGGUAUUAUCUUUUCUUUCUAUGAGAGAAUCUUUGCAGCCUGAGUCAGUUUACAGCAGUCUGACUCACAGCCUCCUCGGAAAACAUGACCUGGCUAUCAUAUGAGGGGUGGGAGGUGGAGUGGAGUGGAGGGGAGGGGAGGGGAGGGGAGGGGCAGGACGGAAAUAGCCCCCCUCUCUACCUCUCCACAGCCAGCUAGCCAGCCAAGCACCAUGCAAGCCAGAGAGAUGUAGAGAGAGACAGAGAGGUAGCCAGACAAUUCACAGCUAGCCAGCCAAGCACCAUGCAAGCCAGAGAGAUGUAGAGAGAGACAGAGAGGUAGCCAGACAAUUCAGGACAGCUAAAAGUGACCUGGCAAUUACCUUUGUAGUAACUUGUACACCAAACUGAUUUUUCAUAGACUUCAUACAGCAAGUGUAACACAUAUCACCCACAGUACUCUGCAGCACCAUUUAUGUUGUCACUUUUCUUUUACAAUGACUAACCUCGAUAAAUAAAGGUACAAUAAAAAACUGAUCUCCCCCCUACAGCCUGGUAGCCCCUGCUCCUCAGAGGUGGGGGCUCAGGGUGUGGGCUGGCCAGAACCAGACAGACACUACCACCCUGAGCUGCUGUUGGGGGGGUACGAUCCCGCCCCGCGCCUCCCGUCCCUGGAUGACGAUGAUGAGGAUGUAGAGGAAGAGGCAGUGUUGCUAUGGGUAACACCGUUGUGCUAGCUAGCCGCCCCCAGAAUGGUGUGUUUGCCGUGACCUCUAACCUUUGCUCCGCCACUGUCCCCCUAAACAGUGUUCUAUUGAUGCUGGUAUCGCUAGAGCACAGAGUUGAGAUGCUGCCUCAUUCACCUGUACGCGUGUGGGAUUGUGAUGUUUGAUUGCAUUUCAAGGACUGUGUUUUUGAUUCAGCCAACCUUGAGUCAGUGAACCCUUUUCCCUAACUUUACCACAUGAUUGUGUGUUUGAGAGAAAGAGGAAGAGUGAGGUUUUUUGUAUGCAUACAGUGUGUGUGUGUCGGGGUGUGUUUAUAAACAUGCACAGUGUGUAUGUGGGAGUGUGUGUGUGUGUGCUCCUGCCUGCAGUUCUACUACCCCAGUGUGAACACCCUAACUGUUGAUUUUGACGGCACAGAGCAUGUGUGAGUUAAGUAUCCCUGUGCCAACUAUGUCAGACUGUGUGUGUGUGCGUGAGUGUGAGAAUCAACUGUCCCUACACCCACUGGGUCAGACCUUACCACUGCAGCUGUCACCUCUAAACAUAGACUGCUCUGACACCCCUGUAACAGCACAUGGACUAGUCCAGUACCUUCCCUUUCCCCUGCAACACACAUAGCAGAGUAUGUAGUUUGCACCAACAGAACUCGGAACACAAGCUCAGCCUGUUACGAUUAUAGAAUGACUGUUCUUAAUGCCUCUUUUUUCACACGUAAUUUGCUACAGAGUGACUUAAGACUGUUUGCUGAAUGACUGACCUCUGUUGGUUGCAUGCAGUGAGUUAGUCUGAAGUAUCUCAAUUUGAGGUGCACUUCUGGCUGUAGGGAAUGAAGGAAGGAAGGAGAGAAGGGUGCAUUUCUUAAGUAUUGGAACAGGGCCCAGUGUCUGACCUACAGUUCUCUUCCUGUGCCACUAGGAGGCGAUGUGUGAUGAGGACACACCUGCUCUGUUCCAACACUUUACCAAGGUAUCCCUCCUUCCUGCCUAUCCUCUAUUCCUUCCUUUCCUUUCUUCCUUCGUCCCAUGGUGUAAUGUGGCUGUACCCCACUAGGAGGCGCUAUGUGAUGAGGAGGGGGGAGGCCUGGACCAGAAGGAUCCCAACAGGCCCCGGUUCACACUGCAGGAGCUGAGAGACGUUCUGCAUGAGAGGAACGAGCUUAAGGCCAAAGUGUUCAUGCUGCAGGAGGAGAUCGCCUACUACAAAAGGCAGCCAUCUUUAUUUUCACCAUACAAACAGAACAUGUUUUAAAAAACAUAAUCAAUAAAAUGAGAUUAACACAAGUUGUCAGGUUAAAUUUAAGAAGUUAAAAAUUAACAAUAUUGAAGUCAACAAUAUUUGACAAUGAUGAUGGUGGAGUGAUGACUCUUCUUCCUCUCUCUCCAGUGAAGAAGAGGCGGAGGAUGAGACCGGCCCCCCUACUCCUUCCCCUUCUCCCGAACAACUGAGGGCACAGCCCCGACUCAAUGCACAGCCCGAGUCAGGAAUCAAACGCCUGUACGUACCACACACCCACAGAUAUGCUCGAUUCUGAUCUACACUAAACAAAGUGUGGUUUAGAGUAACCACCAGCUGGCAACACACCAGUAACAUAGCUACAUCUCACAGCAGAUGGAAAUAAAUCAAAUGGGCUGUGUUUGAUGUGGUCCCUCUCUUCCAUCUCCCUUUUUCUCUAUCUCUGCUUGUCUGUGCCUUUCUGUGAAUGUGUGUGUGUGUGUGUGUGUGUGUGUGUGUGGGUAUAUGUGUGUCUAUACCUGUGUGUGUGUGUGUACCUCUGUGUGACAGGAUCUUCACAGCCAUAAUGCCGAUGGUGGCAGCUGGGUUGAUUUCAGAUGACCCCACUUUACAGCCAAUCAGACAUCUCAUAUCCCUUGUACGACACCCGUCAUUGGUUGGCCUCUGUGUCACUCACUGUCUUAGCUAACACCUUCUGCCCCCUGUAUGUGGUAUUGGUGGGGCCAGGAGCUUUUCCUGACUUUGUGAUCUGACCAGUAAAAACUCUGGGCCCUGGUUAUCGCACCUGCAUGGACCCUCCCAUCCCCUGUAUAUGUUUUUAUUCUGAUUGGCUGACUGUGGGGCUAUCUAAAUCACUAUCCAAUGGAAAGGUGGUAGAUCAUUAGAAUCAGCCAGUCAGAAUAGGAUGUGUAUUCACUUCCUGACCCGUUUCCGAUUCCCUAACCGAUUUUUAUAACUAUUGCUUUUCCUCUGCUCCUGUUGCUUUGUGCAUAUAACACUAACCCUGAUGCACUUUGUGUCAUCUCAGAACUCACUAUGUAGAAAUGCAUCUACAUUUUAACCGUUAUAACCACAGGACUCUAAAGUCAUCAGUCUAAGGAAUAUGUCUGGAGGACAUAAGGCAACAAUGACGCUGGGUAGUGAAGUCCACUUUUUUGUCUCUCUUUUCUCUGUCCUCUACUUUUCCAUCCUCUCUUCCUCUUCUCUCUCAGGUUUAGCUUCUUCUCUCGCGACAAGAGGCGGAUCUCCCAGCGGAAUGCACAGUUUGAUGACAGCUUCAGC